CCGCCCCCCGCCGGCCCCGCCCGUUCCCGUUGCCGGUCAUGGCGGCGCUGCUGCGGCCCGGGCUGCGGGCGGCCGCGCUCCUCGCCAGGACCCCGCGGCGGGCGGCGGCGGCGUGGCCCGGGGACCCGGAGCCGCCGGACCCGGCGCUGGAGGAGGCGGAGAGGUUCCUGCGGCAGGAGCUGCCCGAAGAGUGGCCGCUGGAGCGCCUGGCCCAGGGGUUCGGCGUCAGCACCGACGUGGUGCGGCGGGUGCUGCGGAGCCGUGGCUGCCCUUCGCCGCGCCGCCGCCUGCGGCAGGACCGGCGGGCGCUGAGCGCCGUCGCGGCGGCACCGGGGCACGAGCGCGAGGUGCGCGCCCCCGACGGGACGCUGCUGUACCGACUGCCGCGGGGCUGGGGCGGGCCGGGGCCCGGCGCGCAAUAAACGGUGUUGGGACCCGC